AGUGGUGCCCUCGCGGGGGGGGGGGUGAGUUCAGAGCCCGUGGUAAUACUAAAAACGGAUAAAGUACCGUAACUUUUAUGUAAAUGCGUGUUUCUGUUUUGCGGGAUAGUACUGGAACAAGUGGGCACCGUAAUCGGGGCUGAAUAGCCUCGUCCAAUAUUUGUCCACUGGGGAGGAAGCCAUCCUGGCUUUCCAAAGGAUUGAAUCCCAGGUAUGUCUGAACCUUCCUUUAUUGCUAAAAGUGAAGACCGUCUGUUUAAAUACUUAUUUGAAGAUUAUGAAAGAUGGGUUCGCCCAGUAGAGCGUCUGAACGACACAAUCAAAGUCAAGUUUGGCCUUGCAAUUUCCCAGUUAGUGGAUGUGGAUGAGAAAAAUCAACUGAUGACAACAAAUGUUUGGUUGAAGCAGGAAUGGAUUGAUGUAAAACUGAAGUGGGACCCUAAAGAUUAUGCUGGAAUAACAUCUAUCCGUGUCCCUUCAGAUUCUAUAUGGAUCCCAGAUAUUGUUUUGUAUGACAAUGCAGAUGGUCGUUUUGAAGGGACAUCUACAAAAACAGUAGUGAAACAUGAUGGCACAAUUGCUUGGACUCCUCCAGCAAAUUACAAAAGUUCCUGUACCAUAGAUGUCACUUACUUUCCAUUUGACCGCCAGAACUGCUCCAUGAAGUUUGGAUCCUGGACGUAUGAUGGCUCACAAGUUGACAUAAUUCUAGUGGAUGAUGAAGUAGACAAGAGAGAUUUCUUUGAUAAUGGAGAAUGGGAAAUAGUAAUGGCAACAGGAAUCAGAGGGAACAGAACUGAUGGGUGUUGCUGGUAUCCAUUUAUUACCUACUCAUUUAUAAUUAGACGCUUGCCUCUCUUUUACACACUGUUCCUUAUUAUUCCCUGCAUAGGGUUGUCCUUCUUAACCGUCCUUGUCUUUUACCUUCCGUCUUAUGAAGGUGAGAAAAUUUCUUUGUGCACAUCAGUUCUGGUUUCCUUAACGGUCUUUCUGCUUGUCAUUGAAGAGAUCAUACCGUCAUCUUCCAAAGUUAUACCUCUUAUCGGCGAGUACUUGGUAUUCACGAUGAUAUUUGUUACAUUAUCCAUUGUAAUAACUGUCUUUGCUAUUAACGUUCACCAUCGGUCCUCGUCUACGCACGAUGCAAUGGCACCUUGGGUCCGCAGGAUAUUCCUUCACAAACUUCCAAAACUGCUUUGUAUGAGAAGCCACGUCGACAGGUAUUUCACUCAGGAGGGGGAUGCCAACAAUGCGGAUGGUGCUGAGGCAUCUCGGAUUACCCUGGAAGCCGCCCUAAAUUCUAUCCGAUAUAUUACAAGGCACAUUGUCAAGGAGAACGAAGUACGUGAGGUUGUUGAAGACUGGAAAUUUAUAGCUCAGGUGCUUGAUCGUGUGUUCUUAUGGACAUUCCUUCUGGUUUCAAUUAUUGGAUCGCUGGCUUUAUUUAUUCCUGUAAUCCACAAAUGGGCAAACAUAAUAGUCCCAGUCCAUAUUGGAAGCACCAACAAAUAAGUGUGUGAUGAGGACAAAAUUGUACCAGUCUUUCUAGAAAUAUUAAUCUUAGAGGUAAAUAGUAGUGAAAUUAUCUGGCACAUUUUAAUCUACAGUACUGAAAUCUUGGAAGGUGUGGGUUGGAGUUCAUGCUUAUGUUUAAGCAUGGACCUCUUAGGACAUACGCAUUUCCCCCCCCUUAAGUGUUAGUUCAUUGCUUUCCUAUUAGAGCUCACUGGUAUGCCAUUGCUGCCUUGAUGUGCCCUAAAACCACCUGUGGAAUAAGUGAGGGGUAAUGUAGAGUAAAGGACACUCCAAAUGUAAAUACUAAUAAUAAUCACUUUUAAGCCCUGCUACCUGCCAUCUGCCAGCAUUGGAAGGCUACUUCAUCAAGCGGAACGAGAUCCAACUGCUCAGCCCUUCCCCCUUGCCUAAGAAGAGUUGGGAGGGAGCUGCUGCCGCCAGGUGUAUCACCAGCGAGGAACAAGGACAAGGAGAGGAAGUUCUCUCUGAACAAUCCUGAUCCCACCCCAUUUGGGUGCCAUGUUCUCUUCCGCUCCUGUAUUGUGUUUUGUAAGCCACAUUGAGAGAGGCAGGAUAUAUGAAUAAUGCAAAACAUUUUAAGCCUUAGUAAUCCCGUACAAGGCUUCGGUAAGACAGGACACUAUUAUAAUCCUCAAACGGGGGCUGAGAGUGGGUGGCUUAAAGUAAUCUAGCGAGUUUGUGAUCUGAAACUGGCCUGUUCACAGCUCAUAUUCUUAGCCACAAUAUGUAUUGUGGUUUCGUGCUUUCACCCAGCUCCAACAUACCUUUCUGCAGUGCUUCCCUUGGCCUAUGAUCCUUUAUCUGCCAGGUCUCCACCACAGCUAAUAUUCUCUAGAGUCUCUUCUAAUGUCCGCUGCUUGGUUGGACACAUAGCACAAGACGGCAGGGUCCCAAGAUGUAGCCCUAGGAAACCUUCGUCCCUGAAGAGCCAAAGGAAUUUAUUUUGCAACAGAUUCUGAAUAUGAAAUUGGGGGGGGGAUGCUAGCAUAUAUUUACUUUUGUGUAAGUAUUUGGGACGGGAUGGGUGGAAAAGAGAAUGAAGCACGUGAGAGCCACAAGGUCUCAGUCUGAUUUAGCGCGAGGCUUCUGUUAUUUUCAGUUCUACAACACACACGGAAAUGUUCAAGUAUAAACAAGUUAAUGUUUCAUCGGUAGAUUGCCUUAGAAGACUGGGAAAUGUUGGGCUACCUAACAAAAUGGAUUUCUCCCCUUGGUCUCAAUUUUUAAUACUUUGGGGGGGCUGUAGACUUGGAUGUGGAAAAUGAAUAUAAGAGCUAAUGGAUCAGCAGCUAUUUCUGCAAUCAUGAGGUGUUUUUUAUUACAGAAGGUGACUUAGAAUCAUAAGUUGUAAAGUUGGAAGGGACCCCAUGGGUCAUCUAGUCCAACCCCUGCAAUGCAGGAAUCUUAGCUAAAGACUUAUCUGUGAAAUGGUGGCUAACAAGUUAUUUUCCUACAUGCACGGGUUCACUCCACUGUUCUUAUGGAGAAAAACAUGUUGUGUAAACGAGUCUUAAAUUUAACAUACUAACAAAUAUCAAAUACUGAAAUUAAAAAGUCUCUGAACAUUUGCAUGUUAUGUCAAAAAAGAAGAAGACUGUAAUGCUGUUUAAAAUCACUUUAGAGAUACAGUAUAAAGUAGGAAAACCAUAUCAACCAUGGGCUGCAGUCUGUUAAAAAUUCAUAUUUGUGUUUGGCCUAAGAUAGUGGUCCUUGAUGGUUUUGUCUUCUGAGCAGAGGAGGGUUAUUAAAGUAUCUGGAUGAGUCCAGUUUUUAAAGUGUUUUUAAAAAGAAUUUCCAAGUUUGCCAGCUACGCUAAUGCAUUUUGGGAGAAAUCUUAUACUAAUGAUAAUAAACUAAAUAUUGCAUUUGGUA